AUUCUACGUGGCUUGUUGGCCAACCCACUGGUCGCAAAACGCUUCACAAACUUCACUUCCUUUUCGUGUCGGUGUCAGUGAAAACCAUAUUGUGCAGUCAUGACUCUCCCAUCAUCAAGUUCCACAUCUGUCGGAGGUGGCAGCCGUGGACCGUCAAAGUCCAUCGCACCCAGGUCCUCAGGGGGAACUACCCCUAGACAAAGGAAAGCCCCUGCCACUGGUGGAGCUCGCAAGGCAGCGGGAAGCAGCGCUGGAAUGUGGAGAUUCUACACCGAAGACUCUCCGGGAAUCAAAGUCGGCCCAGUACCAGUCCUGGUCAUGAGUCUCAUCUUCAUCGCUUCAGUCUUCGUGUUGCACAUCUGGGGAAAAUACAAACGCGGCUAAAUCUUGGGACCAUGUGCUUGAUUUCAUUUAAGAGGAACAUUGACUGCCGUUAUUCUGUCUUUGAUGGUGACAAGUGCAGAAACUCUUGUCAGCUGUGAAGGAAUUCUGAAAAUGUGACUUUUUCUUUUGCUGUCAAAAAAUGAUAUUUAUUUAAUGCCUGCAGUUGACAUGCUGCAAUUGUUAGAAAUUAUUCUGUUGGGUGUUUUUGUGUCUUGGGGGAAUUUUUUUUCUAAGACAUUGAGACUGGGAUUUUAAGAUUCUGAUCUAGUUCACAGAACUUUUUACUGUUAGAUAAAAAAUUGAAGUUUCAAAAUUUGAUGUAUAACUGCAAAGCUCUUUUUUUGGAUACUAGUUAUAUUGAGUUGAGUGUUUGUGAGUUGUAAUUGUGUGUAAAUGUUGGACUUGUUACCAAGUUUGCCAAGUUAAUUAUUGCUCCCUGACAGAGGGAGGUCAGAAGAUUUCAUUGCUCUCAAGUCAAAGAGAAGUCAUUCCUCUUGAGUCAUCCUUACAUCAGGUGUGUGCACGGAGAAUGCAACAAGUCUUUAUGAUGGUGUGUUUGAUUUUACUCACAAGUUCUUGAUAGAAGAUGAAAUGUGUGUACCUGGACUGGUUGAGUGGUGUGUGUUUGAUCCGUUGAGAGUUGGUUGUGGGAAUGUGACUUAUAUCAGUACAAGUAACGCAAAUUGUAUGUACAAAAAUAAAAAUAAUUAAACUAA